AGCUCUCAGUAUAAUGCAUCCUCCUCUUGUAGAGUCUGGCAGCGAAGGAGUUACCCGGAUCCGCCCCGCCCGCUCAGUGUGUGCUGCUGCCAGUGGAUCAUCAGGCCGGACGGGGCAGUGAGCUGCGUGUCCCACUUCUGGCAGCAGGGUGCGGGCUCCGGGCAGUGAUCGGGCAGAGCGGCGUGGCGGGCAGAACUCGGCAACAAGUUGCAGCAGUAACAAGGAAAUGGAUGCAGGAACCACCAGACAGUCCUGCAGCUGAGGCACCAGAGACGUGUGGCACUUACCAGCGGAGGGAGAAAGUGAAUCAGUCCGGCAGGAAGGGGAGGUUUGCAGCUCAACAGAUGAUGGAAUUGGUGCCAUGUCUCUGGGACGGCUUCUUCGUCGUGCUUCCUCCAAGGCUUCCGACCUCCUGACCCUAGGCUCUGGGGGAGGAACAUCCUCCAUAUUGGAUGGAGAGAUCAUCUUCUCGAAAAACAAUGUAUGUGUGCACCCCCCAGAGCUGCUGCAGAAUGUUGCGUCCCAUCAUCCAGGAUACUUGUGUGUGUACAUGGAGAAAGACGAGUCUUUGGGAACAACCCUUAUCUUGGCUUGGGUCCCUAACUCUCGUAUCCAGCGACAAGAUGAGGAGGCUCUGCGUUAUAUCACCCCCGAGAGUUCCCCUGUGAGAAAAGCCCAACGCAAAAGAAACAGACACUCUGCAAGUACUGUACCUUCCACAUGUCUGAAAUCAUCUGGGCUUAGGAAGGAGUCCUACGGGGAUAACACCAGGCAGACAGAAGCCAACUCUCUGGUAGAGCAGAAUCCCUUUGGUGACUCUGCAGAGGGGGCAGGGGACAUUGUAGAACAGGUGGAGGACGAGCGGUCUCUGGACAUAUCUUCUGAUGAAGUGAGCAAAGACAGCACUCUGGACUCUGAUUCUGAUGCCUUCUCCUCCCCUUUCUGCAUGUCGCCUAUAAGUGAAGCCCUUGGAGAAAGCAGUAGUUCUGUGUUUUCGGAGAAUGAGAUCAGGCAAGAUGCUGACAGUCACAUGGCCUGCUAUGCAUCCAGCCCAGAUGCUAAUUCCCAAUACAGAGAGGUGAAUGGCCGGGGAGGCCCCGCUAGGUGGGAGGAGCAGCAGAAGCUCUUGGCUCUUGAGCAGACAUGUGGAGUGUUCCGAGUUGAUUUGGGUCAAAUGCGUUCAUUGCGUCUGUUCUUCAGUGAUGAAGCUUGUACCAGUGGACAGUUGGUGGUUGCCAGCAGGGAAAGUCAGUACAAAGUGUUCCAUUUCCAUCAUGGAGGUCUGGGAAAGUUAUCAGAAGUGUUCCAGCAGUGGAAAUACUGCCGGGAGACGCAACUCCAGGAGCAGCAGGUAACGGAUGAGAAGACGUGUCUACAUUUCUCAAUUCAGAGGCCCAGCUUUCCGUCCACAGAGUCUCAUCCUGAGGAGGGAAUGUACCAGAAGCUGGACGUCACUAGGUGGUUGCAGCAUCUCAAUGAUACCGGACAGGUGGAGGAAGAAUAUAAACUUCGCAAGGCAAUUUUUUUUGGCGGCAUUGACCCAUCUCUGAGAGGGGAAGUGUGGCCUUUCCUCCUCGGAUAUUACGGCUGGGAGACUACUUCUGAGGAACGUGAAGCUCUGCGGGUUCAGAGAAGAGAAGAAUAUGCUCACAUUCAGAACAAACGAGUCUCGAUGAGCCCCGAGGCCCAGAAAGACUUCUGGAGGAAUGUUCAGUUUACAGUGGAUAAAGAUGUUGUGAGAACAGAUCGUAGUAACCAGUUCUUCCGAGGCGAGGACAAUCCCAAUGUGGAGGCUAUGAGGAGGAUCCUUCUGAAUUAUGCUGUGUACAGCCCUGAAGUGGGCUACUCCCAGGGAAUGUCGGAUCUGGUGGCCCCGCUGCUGACAGAAGUGCUAGAUGAGUCUGACACCUUCUGGUGCUUUGUUGGUCUGAUGCAGAAUACUAUAUUUAUCAGCUCACCCUGUGACGAGGACAUGGAAAAGCAAUUAAUGUAUCUUCGUGAGUUACUGCGUCUCAUGUAUGAUCGCUUCCACCAACACUUACUGUCUCUGGGAGAGGAUGGCCUCCAGAUGCUGUUCUGUCACAGGUGGAUCCUGCUCUGUUUUAAAAGAGAGUUCUCUGACACUGAAGCUCUGAGGAUGUGGGAAGCGUGCUGGGCGCACUACCAGACAGACUAUUUCCACCUCUUUCUCUGUGUUGCGAUAAUUGUGCUAUAUGGAGAUGAUGUCAUUGAGCAGCAGCUGCCGACUGACCAGAUGCUGCUACAUUUCAGUAACUUGGCCAUGCAUAUGAAUGGAGAGCUGGUUCUCAGAAAGGCAAGGAGUUUGCUUUAUCAGUUUCGACUCUUACCCAAGAUCCCCUGCAGCCUGCAUGACUUGUGUAAGUUGUGUAGUUCAGGAAUGUGGGACAGUGGCUACAUCCCUACAGUGGAGUGCACAGGCCAGCACCAAGACUCCAAGAGCUGCCUGUAUGGUGGCACCGUAGUGGAACCACCGCCAGCCCUCCCCAAAGACAGCAAGAAAAGAAACAAAUCACUUGAUGUUUUCACCUUCAGAAAAUAGUGCAAUCUGCCACAGAGGCCAGGAAGAGGAGCAACCAUCAAUGAUCUAGAUGGGGAAUGCGAUUCUGACUCUAUAGAUAUUUGUGGGAAAGGACCUAGGGGACACCUCUUCAAACACAGUCUCCAUACGGACCAAAGCCGUGGAAUUGUCAUGGCACUGGAAGUGUAAUCCUUUACAUGUUGUUCAGUUUGACUUGGUUUUCAUAUUAUGAACUACUACAGCAGGGUUUAGAGGGGAAUUGUACAAUAAAAUGUCUCUUUCUAUAACCGAUGCCUAGAUGUAUCUUAAUUCUUAUUGGUCCACGUCAUGAAUCAUCUUAGAGCCUUACAUGCUAAACUGAAGGAGGUUAUCCUAACACUGCAUAGGAGAUUAUGUGCUGCGUAUAUGUGUGUGUCACACAUACACAGAGGCCAUGCACAGUAUCCCACUACUAGACCUGGUGCUCUCUUUAGAUCCAACCUCAAAGAAUGACCAACAUUAUUUGGUUUGGGCAAUGUCCUUUACUGUGUGUCCCAAUUUGCGCCUGAAAGGAGCCUGUUCCUAUACUGAUUUGGUAAUUCCGAUCACUCUGAUGGGUGGAGUGUGCUGGGAGUUGUAUAUUUCGGACAGGUUGGAAAGUUAGGGAGUACUGGUAAUUUAUUGUUCUGAUCUUAUUUUGUCCCAGACAAUAAGCAUGUGACAUUUGUAAGAAAUCUUUGAUAUCACCCAGCCUUUGUCAGCGAAGCACAAUCCUGUCCCAUUUUUGUUUCCUCCCCAAACUCCUAUUUUACAAUAAUUAUAUAAUAUAACCCAAUAAAAUAUCUUACACCAGGCUUUCACCAAUCAAUUUUUUUUUCUAAUUAAAAAAUAAAUAAAAAAUA